AUGCUAUCAGUACUCGGAGUGGUAAAAUACUCCAAAGUGCUAAAAAAGAAGGUGAUAAAUCUCGAGCCAAUUGCUGAAGAAGAAGAGGCACAAUCUGAUAUGCCAACAAUUGUUGAUGGGGUCCAAACGGAGGCUCCUAUUGUUGAAAAAUUUGUUAAUAUUCCAAAAAGUUCGAAGAUGACUAGCCUGAGUAGUGACACAGGAAAACAGACUGUUGGUGAAGAAGACGGAAGAUGCCAAGUGUCAGAAAUUUAUGAUAAGUUGAAGCAGUUGUCAAUGAACUUUCCAUUCUUAGAUGCUGUUAAGGAGAUGCCUGGAUUUGCAAUCCAGAAGAAGGGAGAUCAAGGGGCACUCACCAUUCCCUAUUCUACCGGGCAUCAUGAUUUUGCUCGUACUUUUUAUGAUAAUGGGGCUAGCAUAAAUUUAAUGCCACUUGCUAUUUACAAGCAAUCGGGAUUGGGGAUGCCUAGACCGAUGACUAUGCAAUUACAGAUGGCUGACAGAUCUAUUAAGAGGACGGUUGGUGUGGUAAAUGAUGUUCUUGUGCGGGUUGGUGAUUUUCUAUUGCUCGUGGAUUUCGUGAUUCUUGACUGUGCUGUUGAUUGGGACAUCCCCAUUAUUUUAGGGAGACCUUUCCUCUCUACGGGAAGAGCUCUUAUGGAUUCGAAAAAGAAUGAAAUAAAAUUAUUUGUCAAUGAUGAGGAAGUGACUUUUCAGGCAACUAUGGAGUUCAAAAUGGAAAUAGAAUGUUUGGGAGAGGCUCUUGCUGCUAUUUUGGUAAAUUUUGAUGCUGAUGACAUCGAGGGCUAUGUGGAGACUGUAAAUUCGCUUGUGGGGUUGGGUUCUUAUUAUUACCAACCAAAGAAGCUAGAUCUUGAUCUUGAAAAUAGAACGACUCCUCCAUUAAAACCAUUCAUUGUUGAGCCACCUAAGCUUGAGCUUAAGCAGCUGCCUACACAUCUGAAGUAUGAGUUUCUUGGCCCGGACAACACUUUGCCAGUUGUUGUGUCUGCAUUACUGAAUGAAGAGUAG